AUCCUUCACUGGAUGCACAAAUGAUGGUCCAUCGAUGUAUAGAAUAUUUGAUGAGCAGGUUACCUGGACUACAGCAGAGGGAAACUGUAAAGUUCUUGGUGGAAAGCUUGCUGAAAUAGAAACGUACGAAGAAAAUGAGUUUAUCAAGAAUAAAGUAAGAACGCGAGACACAGGAGUUUAUGGGUACUGGCUAGGAGGAUACAAUUUCAACAAAGAUAGUGACAUGGAAUGGAUCAGUAGUCCGGACUUAGUUAUGUCAUUUACUGACAUGUGGACAGGGGAGCCAAAUAAUCCUUCAGCACAUUUCUGCAUGGGUACAUGGAAGGUUUACGAUUAUCAAUGGGGUGAUUAUGGCUGUGGAACUACAAUCUCAUACAUAUGUGAAUUUUGACAAAACAGAAACUAAGUUAUUGCAAAUUCUAAAAAAUUUUUCCUGGCGUUAUGCGCAGUUAUAUUAUGCAGUAAUAACAUGUACAGUUGCUUUAUACACAUGCAUGUACUGAUCACUUAGAAUUUGGUUGGAGAGUGAUCUUUUAGUAAUGUAAUAUUUUGAAAUAUUUCUCUGUAAUAAUUGUGUUUGUCAGUGUCAAUGAGGUAUUAAGCUUUGAAUAUUAUGAACAUGUUUACAAUUUUUAUAGAAUCUCUAGUAAAAUUAUCGAAUGCAGAUGUAAAUAUUUACUUCUGAAAAGCUAUGCAAACCAUAUAUAACACUGGGAUACAACUUCUUAUACUGCCUAAAUGAAUACGUAUUUUGGGUUUAAUUUGAUUAGCUAGAUUGAUAUGCAUAAAAUGUAGAGUUAGACAAACCGCAUAAUUUCAAAUCUUGUGUAUUUCAAACUAUAAGGUCUUUUUUUAA